AAGCAUUGAAACGCCGAUAGACUUCACGAACAUUCCGGUGCUUUCGCUAACAAAUCACAAAAUACUAUAUAUUGAGAGCUCAGACAGAAAUGUUUGUCAAUUUAUUAGUUCCGUAUAAACGCCGAUACACUGACUGUUGGGAUGAUUUGUUUUCGGUGGACAUCAAUGAUUGGUUUGAUGUCAAUGAAAGAGUAACUCCGAAAAAGAGAGUCAAACGUUUAGCGGUCGAUGACCUGAAACCAAACACUACAUCAUUACAAGUAAUGGCUAACAAUGACAACAAGUUUAUGGUUCGUCUCGAUUGUAAUCAUUUCCGACCCGAAGAGCUUGAGGUCAAAACUAAUGGCAAAUUUGUUACAAUUCACGGCAAACACGAGGAAAGAGAGGACAAUAACGGAUGGAUUGCCCGUGAGUUUACCCGACGGUACGCAUUGCCUGACAAUUGCGACGACUCUACUAUCACAUCGAAUAUUAACCCGAAAGGUGUCCUCACUAUUGAAGCCAUGAAAAAGUCGAAAGACAUCGGAAAAAAUCAACGAAAUAUUUCGGUUAAUGUCAUCAAUGAUACUGAAGAAGACAAUGGCUAUGAAAGCGAAGACAACAUUAAAAACAACAACAACAAUAACUUGAAGACUACAACAAUAACCAAAGUCGAGGAAUAA